CGACGAGACAAAGCAGAGUCGAGACAAAGUCGCGGACUGGUCGGGCAGUUCCUUGCUCGCGGCUCGGCCCGCCAAGAUGGCGUUGCCCGGCUCAUCAGGGCUCCAGACGAGUGCAAGCAUCCUGAUGACACCGCCGCUGACGUCCUCUCAGGUCGAUGAAGGUGAAGGUGCCAAUGCCGGUUUGCGACAAGAGUCGGAUGACUCCUUUCAACCUGGCUCGCAGUACAGCCCGGACUCCUCACAGGACGAUGAAGAAGAGGACGAUUCAUUCGAGACCGAGCUGAGCGAUGGACGGUCAGACUUGACACUCGCGAGCGCACGCUGGUCGGCGCACGAAGCAGCAGGCAGUCCGAUGCUGCAUCGACAGCUCAGCCCGAUCCCCCAUCCGGAUACAGAGGCCUCAUUCCCAGCCGAAGAAUUCGAACAGCACUUCGUCAGUGCCUUACGAACACAGCUAGCAACGCUCGACACGACACCGAUAGAUCUCGACGCGCCUGAUGCCGCUCUCGAAGUGCCCGGGGAGCCAGACCUGCCACCCGUUCCUCAAGAAGAUGUACCUCGUCUGAGAUACGAGGCUGCCGUCAAGCUGCGUACGACGUGGGAUGACAUUGCUGCAAAGUACAGCCGACCGGAGUACGGUGAAGAUCAAGACGAUAUCAUCGAUAUCGAGACGGGCGAUAUCAUCAAAGACCGCGGCCGUCUGCGUGCCUUAUCUGAGGACCAGAACGAUGACGCUAAGCCGGAUUAUUGGUCCUCACGAGCAACGACAAGCGCAGCAUGGACGAGACGAGCCAGGGAGACCCGAAGGAAGAGGCGCAAGCUCGGCCGGCCGACGAAGCGCAAUGCUGCUUCUGAGGAAGACGAGGUGGAUGCCAGCUUGAGCGAAGAGGAUGAGUCGUCUGGUCUCUCGGGCGACAGCAUCACGAAAGGUCGUAGGAGAGCGGAGCGUCGCAAGGCGAGAAAGCGGGUAUGGAAGAGAGGUCCCUACCAUACCUCGCACAAGUACCGCUGGCAGCCCGGUCAGAGCGGCGGAUCGAAACAGCUCGUCGAAUCUGUCUCUACCAAGCCGACAGAACGCCUGCCUGCUAGUCGGACACCGUCACCGUUCCUAGAUGCGCGAUAUUGGCUGCCCACAAUGAGGCCGAGCGCGCCGCCGUACAUGCUCGAGCCUAAGCUCGAUCCCCUCGAGCUCCUGCUGAAGGCAAAGUCGGAAACGCCUGCGCCUGUGAUGAAAGCGAUCAAAACAGAGACUGUCAAGACUGCCCCUGUUCCGGCAAAGCCGGUGCCGCAGCUCCCGUCGGUCGUUCAAGACGCUCUCAAGCUACUUCACAGACAGAACGCACCUCUGCCUAGCUUACCAGACGCGUUUAGAUCUCACUUCAGCAAGAUUGGCAAGGUGACUCAGUGAUGGCCAUGGAUACCAUGUUCCCUUUCGAAGCGGAUGCCGCAGUAUCUACACGUUGUUGUAUCAGCAAAGCAUUUCCGCAUAUCAACCCAGCGCGCGCGUACG